UAAACGUCUUCUUUUCAGUUUUUAACGACGUGUCACUGACUGUCUGCUGACGUGGCGCUGAUAGACCUACCUCUCGGUGAUCUGACGCAUUUCCGGGAUGCUGUUUUCUUCUUCCGGCACAUGUAAACAUGGCGCCCCCCGUCCCGUUGCUGGCAGUGCGAGGAUCCGAUGGCACGUCUCUGCUCCGAGGCCCCCCCCACUGUGAGCCACAUGCAGCUUUUCAGAGGGACUGCCGGCCCAGCAGAUGUGUGACCUUCAGCAGAGACGGGACACUCUUUGGUUGGUGUAACGGACAAAAUGUCUCAGUCGUAAACCCCUCAGAUGGCGCUGUGGUGUCGACCUUUGACCUCCCGAAGACGGCCCUGCUGGAGUUUUCCCCACUGAACAACAUCCUGGUUACCUGGCAACUGUACACAAAGACUCAGGACAGUCCUCAGGGGGAAGCCAACCUCCAGCUGUGGGAGCUGCGCAGCGGACGACUCAUCAAAGCCCUCUAUCAGAAGAAGGUCGAGUCGUGGUGUCCCAGCUGGUCUGAAGACGAGAAGAUCUGCGUGAGGAUCGUCAACAACGAGCUGCACUUCUAUGAGAACAACGACUUCGACUCCAUCGCCAACAAGCUCCACAUGCAGAAGGUGUCCGACUUUGCGCUGUCGCCUGGAGCUCAGCCUAGCAAGGUUGCCGUCUACGUUCCAGGCAGCAAAGGAGCGCCUUCGUUCGUCCGCCUGUAUCAGUACCCGGCGUUUGGAGGCCCGACAGCUGCGCUCGCCAACAAGAGCUUCUUCAAGGCCGACCGAGUGACGAUGCAUUGGAACAAGAAAGCCUCAGCCGUGCUGGUGACGGCGAGUACUGAAGUGGAUAAAACCGGCGCGUCGUACUAUGGAGAGCAGACGCUGCAUUACCUCGGCGUUAACGGAGAGACGGCGCUGGUCCAGCUAUCGAAGAACGGCCCAAUCUACGACGUGGCGUGGAGUCCAAGCUCCACCGAGUUCUGCGUGGUGUAUGGCUUCAUGCCGGCCAAAGCCACCGUCUUCAACCUCAAAUGUGACCCCGUCUACGACUUUGGGACCGGACCGCGAAACGCAGCCUACUACAGCCCUCAGGGCCACAUCCUGAUCCUGGCCGGCUUCGGCAACCUGCGAGGUCAGAUGGAGGUCUGGGAUGCGAAAAACUACAAACAGGUGUCCAAACCUCAGGCGCCAGACGCCACUCAUUUUUCCUGGUGUCCCGAUGGUGAGCAUAUCGUCACGGCGACCUGCUCUCCUCGGCUGCGGGUCAGUAACGGUUAUAAGAUCUGGCACUACACCGGCUCCGUGCUUCAAAAAUGGGACGUGGCGGCCGGCUCGGAGCUGUGGGAGGUGCGCUGGCAGUUGCUCCCCGAUGGCAGCUUCCCCGAGCGACCGAUCAAGUACCAGGCAGCGCCCAGCCAGCUGGGGUCCACGCAGGCCCCGCCCACACAGGCAUACCGGCCACCUGCACUGAGACACCUGCCCGCCACGCCCAGCUCCAAACUGCACGAGGACGAGCCUCCUCAGGACCUUCGUCCCGGAGCUUCGGGAGAGAAGAGUCUCUCUAAAUCUGCUCUGAAGAAUCAGAGGAAACGAGAAGCAAAGAAAGCAGCGAAGCAGGAGACGAAACCAGAACCAGAACCUCCCACUGACCCCGCCCCUGUCACUAACAGCCAACCAGAGGCAAGCAGCGGUGACCCAGAGGUGGAAAAGAAGAUCAAGAACUUAAAGAAGAAACUGAAGGCCAUCGAGGAGCUGAAGGAGCAGCAGGCAUCGGGGAAGGUCCUGCAGAAGAACCAGGUGGAGAAGAUCCAGAAGGAGGAGCAGCUGCUGAAGGAGCUGCAGGAGCUGCAGAUCGGACAGUAAGAGGUCCCUGGGAGCUACAGGCCAUGCCUCCCAUCCUGCAGAACUCAAAGGGACAGUGGCGUCUGUGAUUGAGUUUUUAGUUGAGGGGCGGGGCUUAUCUGACAGGUGUGGCAUGCCUCCAGAGGGUUAAACUGAGUGGAUGUUUGUUCCUUAUGUUCAUGCCCUGCCUGUGGCUGCGAGCGGCGAGUGCUCCUCUCUCUCAGCUGGAGGUUGUCCAGUAAUAAACUUUGUAACAGAUCACGAGA